CAGGGGGCGCUGCGGCAUGCGGAGCGGCCAGGCGGUGGGUGCGCGCAGCCCUCGCCUCCCCUCGCCCCCCUCGCUUUCCCUCCGCCCCCGGCUGAGCAGGCGACCAGCGCUGGACCCGGCGCGCAGCGGCGGAGCCGGGGCCGGAGCCGGGCCGGGACUAUGCACGAAUGCCUAGUGGUUUACAGGUAAGCAUGACCCCCUCUGGAAGACUUGAAAGGGCCUACCAUCUACCAAGUGACAUCUUUGUUUCAAGGUCUCUGCCUCUCUCAGCUUCAAGUUAGGUUUCAAGGUACUUAAAGCUGCUCUUGACAUUCUGAGUCAGAAUAAGCCAAUUUCAGAUGUCGCUACCGCUGCAACUUUAAGAAGGAGCAAAGUGGUGAAGCUGGAUGCAACCCAGGCCUCUCCCACAGUGUCGGAAAGAGACCACUAAGAACUUGGAGCUAGAGUCAGCGUGCAGACCUGUCGGGGAGACACCACCACAACAUGGAAAAACCAACUGUAGAGGCACAGAGAUCUUGUUUUGUAUCUUGUCACCAUGACUUCAUAACCUGUGCUCUUGAGUUUUGGUUUUCUGCCUGCAUAUUAGAGAUGCACAUGUCUGCCCUGCAGAGCGUGAAAGAGGUUGUGUCAAGGACCCCGCAUGGGGGCUGGUUUACACUGCGCUCUAUGAAUGGAAACCUUGGGAAUGAUGGUUUUGAGCAGUUAGAAGUUCCUGUUCCCUGGAGAAGCAGAGCAAAACUAGAAAGCUGCCAAGAGGAGGUGCGGGGGUAGCUGAGCAUUGUUACUCUGCCCAAGUUGGGAUGUGUUCCUGUUCGGAGGUGAAACCAUGAAGAGAAAAUAGAGCAAAUAAUAAUGCUUUUCCGCAGUCGCUUCUUGCUGCUGUUGGCCCUGGCUGCCGUGCUGGCCUUCGUGAGCCUCAGCCUGCAGUUCUUCCACCUGACCCCAGUGUCCACAGCUAAAAAUGGAGUGAGUAGCAAGAGUCGAAAGAGAGUCAUGCCUGAGCCGGUGACUGAGCCCCCCGUGAUGGACCCCAUUUACGAAGCUCUCUUGUACUGCAACAUUCCCAGCGUGGCUGAGCGCAGCAUGGAAGGUCACGCCCCACAUCAUUUUAAGCUGGUCUCCGUGCAUGUGUUCAUUCGACAUGGGGACAGGUACCCACUGUAUGUCAUUCCCAAAACCAAGCGACCAGAAAUUGACUGCACUCUGGUGGCCAACAGGAAACCAUAUCACCCGAAACUGGAAGCUUUCGUUAGUCACAUGUCGAAAGGAUCUGGAGCCUCUUUUGAAAGCCCCUUACACUCCCUGCCCCUUUACCCCAAUCAUCCACUUUGUGAGAUGGGAGAGCUCACUCAGACAGGAGUUGUGCAGCAUUUGCAGAAUGGCCAGCUGCUGAGGGACAUAUAUCUAAAGAAACACAAACUCCUGCCGAGUGACUGGUCCACAGACCACCUCUACUUGGAGACCACUGGGAAAAGCCGGACCCUACAAAGUGGGCUGGCCUUGCUUUAUGGCUUUCUCCCAGAUUUUGACUGGAAGAAGAUUCAUUUCAGGCAUCAGCCAAGCGCUCUGUUCUGCUCCGGAAAUUGCUAUUGCCCCAUGAGAAACCAGUACCUGGAAAAGGAGCAGCGUCGGCAGUACCUCUUACGUCUGAAAAACAGCCAGCUGGAGAGGACCUACGAGGACAUGGCCAGGAUUGUGGACGUCCCCACCAAGCAACUUCGCGCUGCCAACCCCAUAGACUCCAUGCUCUGCCGCUUCUGCCACAACGUCAGCUUCCCAUGCACGAGGAACGGCUGUAUCGACAUGGAGCACUUCAAGGUGAUCAAGACGCAUCAGAUAGAGGAUGAGAGAGAGAGGCGGGAGAAGAAGCUCUAUUUGGGCUAUGCGCUCCUGGGCGCCCACCCCAUCCUGAACCAGACUGUCAACCGGAUGCAGCGUGCCGCGGAGGGCAGGAAAGAGGAGGUCUUUGCCCUCUACUCUGCUCAUGAUGUCACUCUGUCACCGGUUCUUAGCGCCUUGGGCCUGAUGGAAGCCAGAUUCCCAAGAUUUGCAGCUAGGUUGAUCUUGGAGCUCUGGCAAGACCGAGAAAAGCCAAGUGAGCAUUCUGUCCGGAUUCUUUAUAAUGGCGUCGAUGUCACAUUCCAUACCUCUUUUUGCCAGGACCACCACAAGCAUUCCUCCAAGCCCAUGUGCCCCCUCGAAAACUUAGUCCGCUUUGUCAAGCGGGACAUGUUUGUGGCCCUGGGGAGUAGCGGUAGUACUAAUUAUUACGACGCAUGUCACAGGGAAGGAUUCUAGAAGGGAGGGAGUGCAGGACUGAUAGAAUCUAUGCCAAUACAGAAGGAUGGAAAGGGUCCACUUCUAGAUCUGUCCAUUGUCAAGGGUAUAAGACUAUUGAUUUAUAUAAAGGCUAGAAAUCAUGUUUGAGCCACGUGGAUGAUUGGGUUGAACGGGAAGCACAUCGCUAUAAUUGGGUUCGUGGGUUACUUGGUACAUCACGGCCAGUUCAUAGAAAGAGGAAGGUACUUCCGUCGUAGCCUGAGUUUGCUCAUGAUGCCACAGGGUAUGUCAAUACCCAGAGCUGCCAAUCCAUAUGUAUAGUAUUUCGAUCUGCAGGGGUAUCAUAUGAUGGAACCAGCAAACCUCAACCAAAAUUUUCUUCAUCUGGGGUGGUUUUGCCUUGUUCCUGUUCAGCAAAACCAUUCCCGAAGUGAUUUAUCUAUACAUUGGGGUUGGUACAUUUUUCCCGUACAGAGCCAGAUAGUAAAGACUGUGGACUCUGGGGUCCCAGAGGCCACAUACAAUCAUGUGACAUGAAAGCAACCAUAGACAGCAUGGAAACAAACGAGUGUGGCUAUAUUCACAGCCCGAGUUUGCUGACCCCUAAUCUCAGAAACACAGGCUCUGCUACAUUUGCACUUCCAGCACUUUGAGAACCAGUUAAGUGCAAAAAAUUAUUCAGUGGUGCCUCCAGGAACUUCUGCGAGAAACACCAAAUUUGCUCUGUAGCUGGUGUGAUAACAAAACUUGAGGGGAAAUAAACAUCAAAUCAGAAUGAAUCGUAGAAAAAUUAUUAGAAUAAUACUUGAUGUUCAUGAUGAUUAUGGUAGGUAUGUUUUAAAUAUCUGUCUGCUGUAGUCUAUUUGCUGUAUAGGCUGAAAUUUUUGUAUUCUAUUUAGUAUUUUUAUAGUCUAGGGAACUAUUUUCUAAGACUGGUUUUAGAUGUGCUCCUAGUCCUAGGUAAAAUUCAAUUUACCAUACCUGCUUGGUGGUUAGAAGGAAGCUAGACGCUGAAUUCAAGCACUUUCUUCCAAUAAAACUAAUUAUGGCUUAUUCCCUUUGAUAAGCUGUAGAAUUGGAUCAAUUUUUAAACCGUCUGCAUCAAUUUCAAAUGGUAAAUUCUAAUUGAUUUUUAAAUAAGCUUUUGGGAGAACUUUGUUAUAGAUAGCUAAAUAAUCUUUCUAAGAUAUUUUAUAUAUUAGAAGCAAUUGUAAUUAAAUCUGUGGUUUCUGAACUAAAAUGGUGCUAGUUCCAUGUGAAGAAAUGUAAAGUGCAAGUGAGAUUCUGAAGUGUCUUUGGCAUUCCACACUUUCCUCUUUGUUUUUGUCUAAUGUUGCCUUUGGAUACGUCUGUUUCUAUAAAUAAAUUUUUGAAGAAUA